AUGUCAUCUCAUGGCAGUACAGCAUGCUUGAACGUUAUCCUUAGAAAUACGGCUGCUUCGGGCUGCAAGCAGAGUGGAUGGAACAGAAUCCUGGAUAUUGUUCCAAGUAUAUUGGGUUAUCUCGACAUUAUUAUCCAAGACAUGGCAGAUAUAAAGACAUAUACUGAGGAAGUUGUCAGGAGACGUUCCCACUCUGUCGAAAAGAAGACAUCUCGCAAGCAUCUUCAUCGAAUUCUCAGAAUCAUUGGUUUUCACACUGAGACCACUACCGUACACCCAAUUAAACCAGGGCAACAUGUUGUAUGGCUCUUUGACAAUGUUGCAUAUCAACCUGUGCACCGAUCCAACCAAGACCAGACAUGGGAAGCCGAGAUGGUGGCCUGCGUCUUCAGUCGCGAGCGACGUAACAUGGGUCAGUAUGUUGCACGGGUAGCUGACUUUGUCGGCCUUGACGGGAAGUUUGGAGAAGAUCCCAUCAUUCGACGGCGGAUAAUCCAACGUCUGCGGUCUUUGUUAUACGUUGUCGCUCCCAGUCGUACUUUACCUGUUGAUAUGCCUCUACCUAAUGGGACGGUUCGCAGGUUCCAUUUGGGUCCUACGAAUCAAAACGGAGUCCUCACACAGACUGUUUCUCUGCCACAGAUGGGGAUAGUAGACAGAAGCGUGGUCACGUCUGAGUUGGUAGGAUCAAGGGGACAGGUGCGAAUGCAGACGAGGUUUGCUGCUCCAGAAGGAUGGUUGUUAAUAUCCGAUAUCGAUGAUUCCAUCAAAGUUACCCUGACUCCAGAAACUGUUGGAAUCCUUCGUACAACUUUCGUGACCGACCCAGAGCCCAUUAUUGGUAUGCCCGAGCUCUAUCAACUCAUAGAAAGGGAGUUGAAUCCGACAUGGAUCUAUCUGUCAGCGUCACCAUACAAUUUAUACAAAUUUCUACGCAACUUCUUGCACUUAUUCUACCCCCCAGGUACCUUACUGCUCCGACAAGCUACCUGGAAAAACCUCGGGGAAUUCAUCAAAUCCUAUAACACAGGCACCGGGACGUACAAGAUGCGGCAGAUGGAUAAAAUUCACAGUUGGCUUCCAGCAAGGAAAGUUAUCUGUGUCGGCGACUCGACUCAAAGUGAUCCAGAGAUUUAUGCAGAAAUGUAUAGGAGGCACGCGGGCUGGAUCAAGGCCAUAUUCAUUCGCAAAGUGACCAAUAUACCGCACAUGGAGAAGAAGAAUUCGUCGUCAAGGUUCCAAAGGGCCUUUGAGGGUGUUCCGCAUGAUGUUUGGAGGAUAUUUGAGCGUCCCAGUGGUUUGUAUGAAUCUAUUGCAAAGCUUAACUAUGAGCCGUCAGCUAGGCAGGUUCGAGUUUGACGAUUAUUGCCUUUUCAUCCUUUUCAUUAUUGUUUCUUGUCUUCUGGCCAGUGCACCGGAGUUCAAUUCCGAGUUGUUAUCAAGCAAUAUCAAGCCCGUCACCAAGCGGGACGCAACAAAUCUGGGAGGUCUUUUUCUUUAUGUCAUCUUGUAUUUUCCUUAUGUAUAAUAGCUUCAUUUGCCAUUGUUCAGGACUUCAUUUAGAACAUAUCUAUGCCUUUAUGUAUUAUAGUGGCGAGACUUUAUGCAUCAUACG